AUGGUUUCCAUUUCCUCUUUUGCUCGAUGCCUUUGGGUCAUCCCGGUGCUUGCUGGUUACGUGUCUGCUACUCACCCUAAGACCGUAACUAUCACUGAGGUUACGCCGUAUUACCACACAGUGACGGUUACCACUACAAGCUGUUAUACUAAGACCGUUGAGGGACAACCGACGACUAUCACUGAGACAUAUAUCUCUACCUCAAUUUCGGUUUCCUACUGCACUGUCACCCAUACUGCCACAAACACUGAGACCGUCCAGGUCCCGGGACCUACGGAGACCGUCGUUGAUACCGAGACUAUUGUCAACACCGAGACCCUCGUCAACACUGAGACUAUUGUCAAUACUGAGACUAUCGUCAAUACUGAGACUAUUGUUGGACCAACAGAGACUGUCGUCGGACCCACGGAAACUGUUGUUGGGCCGACUGAAACCGUUGUUAACACAGAGACAGUUGUGAACACGGAAACAAUCGAGGAGACCGUCACCCUCCCGGGAGCUACCGAGACCGUCAAGCUCCCAGGAGAAACUGUUACCCUUCCAGGAGAGACUGAGACUGUCAAACUUCCCGGAGAAACUAUCACUCUCCCAGGUGGUACUGAGACAAUUUCAAUUGAGGGCCCAACUCAGACAAUCUACAAGAAGAAGACUAAGACAAUAACUGAGGCUGGUGAAGUCAAGACCAUCACUGAAGCUGGUGAAGUUAAGACUAUCACUGAAGCUGGCGAAGUUAAGACUAUCACUGAAGGUGGCGCCACUGUUACUUGCACUGAGACCCAAAUUGUUCCUACAACUGUCUACAUCAAGAAGUACAGGACCACUACUCUCUACCAGCCCGUCACUACCACCUGCUACGAAACCAAGACCAUCACCACCACUGACUAUAACAACGUUGUCAAGACUAUCACCACCGAGGUCCCAGUCCCAACAACUAUCUACUCCAACGUCUAUGGUGUUCAGACCGAAUACGUCCCCACCACAAUCUGGAAGAAGAAGUACGAGGUUCAGACCAUCACCCUUCCAGGAGCAACCCACUACAUCACAGAGAUUGAGGGCGAGACUAAAUACAUCCACAAGACUGCAUACAUCACUGUUGAGGAGGUCUACACCGCUACGGUCACCGACUACGAAAAGAUCUACAAGACUGUUACCGAGGUCGACACCAUCACCAACUAUCAGACUAUCUGCAAGACUAUCACCGAGGUCACUCCUGUUACUUACACUGACGUUCGCGGUUAUACCGUCACCGACGUCGAGACUAAGGUCCACACGAUUACCGAGUCAUCUGCCUACCCAGUCUACCACACCAAAGUCCACACCGUCGUUGAGCAGUCCCCUUACCCGGUCUACGAAACAAAGGUCCACACGGUCGUCCAGCCGUCUCCAUACCCAGUCUAUGAGAAAAUCUACAAGACUGUCACUGAGGAGAAACCAGUCACCUAUACCGACGUUCGUGGAUACACUGUCACUAGUGUUGAGACUGCCGUUAAGACCGUGAUUGAGGAAAAGCCAUACCCAUCUCCGGUUCCAUACACCGUCACUCAACCAUCUCCAUACCCAGUCCCACAGGAGACUACUCCUACAACCACCCCUACAUACAUUGCACCAUCCGUUACUUACACCCCUCCACCAGCCUAUACUGGUGCCGCAAACAAGCUUUCCAGUGCCCCGGGAGCCUUUGCUGCUAUCGCUAUCGCUUUGGUAGCCCUCUUCUGA